AUGGCCAUCGCAUACUGCUGCCUCUCCCUGUUUCUCGUAUCCACUUGGGUGGCUCUGCUGCUGCAGCCCCUGCAGGGUGCCUGGGGAGCCCCACUGGAGCCAAUGUACCCAGGGGACUAUGCGACACCGGAGCAGAUGGCUCAAUACGAAACUCAGCUCCGCAAAUACAUCAACACACUGACCAGGCCUAGGUACGGGAAGAGAGAUGAGGAGAACACAGGUGGAUUCCCUGAAUGCAGCUCCCCCCAUGCACCAGUCCCCCGGGAGCUCAGCCCAGAGGACUUGUAGCAUCCCUCCUGUCUCCUGCCCAUGGCUGUAGGACAGUUCUGGUCCAGAGCUUUCCUCUGCAUUCUUGCAACAACCUGCUCCCUUACCAACUAA